CCGAGUGGGGACCAGCUGGUUACGCAGCGGCCGCGGGUCUCCACCCGAGAGUAUGGCGGCUGGGAUUUCACCGGAGAACGAGGGAGAGACGGAGACAUGCGAGAGAUGGUGAAAAAGAAACAAAGGCACGAGCGUCCUUUCAUGAAGUGUCGUAAUAGUUUGAGUUUGUGCUUUUUUUCCUGAGGCGGCCCCGUGCUUCAGAAAUUGCGCGUGCAGUUCAUUCUAGGGGCUAACCCAGCGAUUUUCCAGUGUCCUCGAUGGAGCAAGUUUGUUUUUUUAUGAUGCAUAGAGAGGGGUGAGCCAAGCAGAUGAAACGGACCACAUCAUCGGACGGUAUUUUCUUCCUCCCUGUGCAUAUUUCGGACAUUAGCAGCCCUCGGAUGCCCGUAUAGCUGUCAGUGUCUGGCCUGCAUGGGGGAAUUUCUACAAUGAAAUCCAUCUUGGGGCAGCGAGUCUUUGUGCUCUGCUAUAGCUGAGCAGCGGUGAGCAGGACCGUGUUAUUGACAACCCCUUCAAAAUGGGACACGAAUGGUGAAUGUGAUUCGUGCGGGAACGUUUUGAGUUCAUUUCAAUGACGCGCGGAGACUGAACCCCCUUACGACUUGUUUUAAUCCACGAUGCGCGAGUAUAAAGUGGUGGUCCUGGGCAGCGGUGGGGUCGGGAAAUCCGCCCUCACUGUGCAGUUCGUCACCGGGACGUUCAUUGAGAAGUACGACCCCACUAUAGAGGAUUUUUACCGCAAGGAGAUCGAGGUGGACUCCUCGCCCUCGGUGCUGGAGAUCCUGGACACUGCUGGUACCGAGCAGUUCGCCUCCAUGCGGGACCUUUACAUCAAAAACGGUCAAGGAUUCAUACUAGUCUACAGCCUGGUCAACCAGCAAAGCUUCCAGGACAUAAAGCCGAUGAGGGAUCAGAUCAUAAGAGUGAAAAGGUACGAGAAGGUUCCAGUGAUCCUGGUGGGGAAUAAGGUGGACCUGGAGAGCGAGAGGGAAGUAUCAUCGAGCGAAGGCCAGGCCCUGGCAGAAGAGUGGGGCUGCCCGUUCAUGGAGACUUCGGCCAAAAGCAAAACCAUGGUAGACGAACUGUUUGCUGAGAUCGUUCGGCAGAUGGACUACGCCGCCCAGCCAGACAAGGACGACCCCUGCUGCUCCUCUUGCAAUAUACAAUAGCCCUGAGGGGCGUCCAGGAACAGGCCAGGGAAAAAACGUCUACCAAGGGGGAGCAGAAUGAAAACACACUUAGACACACAUGCACAUGCCAAUUAAGACGGGAGGUAACUUUGUGGUUGAACGCGGUGGAUUUUAACUCUUUGGAGCAUAAAAUCAGCAGAGACAUGUUUAUUAAUAACACCAUGAGUCAUGAAUACAUUUUGAACAAGGAAUGCCAGGAAUUUGCCGCAAGAGAAUUUGACAAAUGACAAGAAAAAUGAACGUGCCCUCGCCUUAUGUUACUCUCUUUUGUUGUGUCUGGGUUUGUUUUAUCCUUUGAGUUAUAGGAGUGAAUCAUCAACAAAGAAUCAUACAUCAGGAUCUUUAGGCUGCUCUAUCUGCUAUUAACAGGGAAAAAGGUCAUUUCCUGUCUGUGUUAGGAGGAAAUCAAAACAUUGAGAUGCAUUUUAAUGCUAUCACAUCUCCAGUAGUUACCGUACAUCAGUCUUAGAACAUAUUUCUGGGAUCCAUUUGUUUUAAAUACUAAUGAGUAUUUGAUUUGUGCAGUGAUUAGAGAGAGGUUUUUGUACUCAUUACAGGGCUGAACCAAAGAGGUGACCUGACAGCACCUCCAUUUUCUUAUAUUUUAGUUUAGAAAAGGAAUGGAGAGUUAAUGGUGGAUAAGUCAGUGUCUUUCUUUAAACAUCGGUGCAGUCUUUUCUUUUCUCAUUUCAAGGUACAGACAGUCUUAACAUAUCGUGUGAUUUUUUUUUUUCUUUCCAGGAAGAUUCUUGGCAGCAGAUUGCCGAGUAAUAAUACAUCCAACUGUUUCAUCAUGAAAAGACAAAGGGUUCAUCUCUUCAGUGUUUGAAAUGUCUACAGCGACUCUUUUCAGGAACAGGUGACAUUUAAAGUGACGUUGCCAACAUUUGUCAGCCUCAACAUUUUCUUUUUCUCCUCUGGUAUCAAUAUGACAUGGGGUGCUCAAGCAUUAAAACAUCCUGAUCCCAUCCUGUCGUGCUCAGAGUAUUCGAAUCCAUAGAAACAACUAGUAAAGACAAAAGGCAAUGAUAAUAAGAUAAUUAAUGGUAGUGUAAAUAUUUUGUAUUGAAAGUGCCAGCUCCUAUGAAGACACUGACUCAACACGUGGAAAUGUCAACUGUAUGCAUGGCUAGUAAACAAAAAAAAGGACUCUUAUUGUUUGAGUUUAAUAUAGGCUGUGGAAACGUGCAAACCAAACACAAACACGUCUGGACAUCUGGACACUGUCUCAACUGUACAUCUAUGUUUCCACGGGAAGCAGACUUUACCCGUGUGACCAUUUUCAUUGUUGAUUUUAUAUUUUUUUAUGUGACCAUUUACUCUUUAUUCCCUCUCUGAAUGGUGACACUGUUACAUUUGACACCUAAACAAUAAAAGUGCGUUCAACACUCAA